AUGGCUGCUCUCAUGAUGUCCUUGGUGAUGCUAAGCUCCCCUUUGGUUCAGAGCAGAGACACCCCAGGUGAAAAAGUUGAGACUCUUAACAAGUUGCUUUACUUGCCCAAAGCCACACAGCUGGUCUGCAAACAUCCUUAUUGCUCUGUCCACAUUACCUUCCUUAUAUCCUAUGAGCUUUACGCCUACCAGAGGCGGAGUACCUGCCUCGAGUUCAACGUGACGCACCGCUUCCAGGAGCAAUACACCUACAACCGAGAGCUGUUCGUCCAGUUGGACAGCGCCGUGGGGCUGUUUGCCGCCGUGUCCGACAUCACGGCCAAGAACUGGAACAUUCACAGGGAGUUCCUGGCCCUGAGACGGAGCGCCGUGGACUCCGUGUGCAAGCACAACUUCGACCUGGACGAGGGUUUCACGCUGAAGCGCCGAGUCCAGCCUCAAGUGCAUGUCUCUCCCUCCAAGAAGGGGCAUCCGCAGCACCACAACCUGCUUGUUUGCCACGUGUCAGAUUUCUACCCAGGCCACAUUCAAGUCCGCUGGUUCUUGAAUGGACAGGAGGAAACAGCUGGGGUUUUAUCCACCAACUCGAUGCAUAAUGGAGACUGGACCUUCCAGACCCUGGUGAUGCUGGAAAUGACCCCCCGGCAGGGAGACGUCUACGCCUGCCAAGUGGAGCACCCCAGCCUAGAUGGUCCUGUCACCGUGGAGUGGAAGGCACAGCCUGAUUCUGCUCGGAGCAAGAUGCUGGCUGGAGUCGGAGGCUUUGUGCUAGGGCUCAUCGCCCUCGGAGCGAGCUUCAUUCUCCAUUGUAGAAGCCAGCGAGGUAAGAAACUUCUGGAAAGUGGUUGAC